AUGACAGGAGCUGAUCGUGGGUUUGAGCGCCGUGCGUCGCUGGCGCAGCAGCGACGCUGGUCCCAGCAAAUUGAGAAAAACGCCUGGCUAGCAGCUCCAUCGGAGACGAUCUAUGCAGGUCUCUCGGCAGAUCUGGCCGACGAUCGCCCGUCGGGCAUCGCGAUCGCUUUCCGCAAUACCACAUAUCUCCUCGAUUUCAUAGAAGAAAGGCUGGAACCGACGAAGGGCGUCGAAGCCGGAAAAUUGCUGACUGACUUUGUCGUAAGCCAUCUGAAGACCUAUGCAGAAAAGCACUUUGAGAAGAUCAUCGGCAUGUCAAUGUCCGCCGCUGUCGCCGAGAGAUGCCCUGCUCUCUGCUCGCGUUUGUGGGCAGAGCUCGAUGUUAUUCCCUUAGUGCUUCCGGAAGCAAGCAUGGGAAUCCACUUUGAAGCGCCGCAGUCAGAAGCAGAACGCCAAGAGAUGGAGCCGAGGGCCCUUGAUGAGCAAGCGGAGUCUAUGUCCCGGAAGUGUGUUCGGUUGUUUGGGCCCGAUAACAUCCCCUUGCUGCAAGUGGGCUACCGCGGCCUUGUUGAAGUCGAUACUGCUUUUCAUGUCCGGCUUACAAACCUGGAUGACUUCAAAAAGACCGUAAGCUCGAGGACCUGGUCUGCAGUGGAGCACUACGCGCAAGAUUUGAGAAAUAGGAAGAUCAAGACGGCAUUUUUCAGUGCCACGCCUCAAGGCGGAGGGGUGGCAUUGAUGCGUCAUGCAAUGGCGCGGUUCUCAUAUUGCUUGGGGACUGAUAUGAAAUGGUAUGUCCCAAAGCCGCGACCAGGCGUCUUCAAAGGCACCAAAAAGAUGCACAACAUCCUUCAAGGCGUUGCCCCGCGCGAAGAGCGAUUGACUGCAGAAAACAAACAAACGAUCCGAGACUGGAUUGAGGAGAACGCGCGGCGCUACUGGACCUGUUCCGGUGGACCGCUCUCUCAUCCAUCCAAAGGCGGAGCGGAUGUGAUCAUAAUUGAUGACCCUCAGAUGCCGGGCUUGAUCCCGAUCGCCAAACGUGAAGCACCAGACCGUCCCGUGAUCUUUCGCAGUCACAUCCAGAUACGCAGCGACCUGGUCGAUAAGCCUGGAUCUCCACAAGCCGAGGCAUGGGAGUUCCUGUGGGACUAUAUCAAGCUCGCGGACUGUUUCAUCAGCCACCCCGUUAGCGCAUUCGUUCCGAGCAACGUGCCGCAAGAAAUUGUCGGGUACAUGCCCGCAUCCACAGACUGGCUGGAUGGGUUGAACAAAACAAUGCGAGACUGGGAUGUGGCUUACUAUGGCCGCAUCUUCAAUGCCGAUUGUAGAAACGCGAAGAUGCCAAUGAUCGGAUAUCCCGAAGAUGAAUACAUCGUGCAGAUUGCCCGGUUCGACCCCUCGAAGGGGAUUUUCGAUGUAUUGGACUCAUACGCCAAGUUUCACGGCAAACUGACCAAAGCCUGUCCCGAUACUGCGCCGCCAAAGCUCCUCAUCUGCGGCCAUGGCUCCGUAGACGACCCGGACGGGACCGUGAUAUAUGACGAGGUGAUUGAAUACAUCGACCACAAGCUCGGCGACAUCCGCCACCUGAUCUGCGUCAUGCGGGUGCGGCCUUCCGACCAGGUGCUGAACGCGCUGCUCUCCAAAGCAACGGUCGCCCUGCAGCUCUCGACGCGCGAAGGGUUCGAAGUGAAAGUCUCGGAAGCGCUGCACAAGGGCAAGCCCGUGAUCGCGACCCGUGCGGGCGGGAUCCCUCUGCAGGUCGAGAACCAGAAAAAUGGGUUCCUCGUGGAUGUCGGAGAUACCGAUGCGGUUGCACAGCAUCUGUACGACUUAUGGACAGACGAGGCGCUCUAUCGUCGUAUGUCGGAGUAUGCGCUCCGUCAUGUAUGCGACGAAGUGAGUACAGUGGGCAACUACCUGAACUGGCUCUAUAUUUCCUCGAAGUCCACCAAAGGCGAAGAGAUCAGUCCGCGCGGACGGUGGUUGAAUGAUAUGGCUUUUGAAGAGCUGGGGAUUCCCGCCCAGGACAAUAUGCCUCAUCUCACGCGUGCCGUCAAAGUAGAGAACAUGGGAUAA